AUUUCGGGUAAGUUUUGGGGGGUAGGCUAAUUGGCUUUCUGGUAACACUGAUUAUACUUGACUCGGCAGAGAUCUAAAUUAUAUUUUGAUAAAAUGUCCUUAAUUUGCUUUUACUGAUUUAUUUUAACGUUCCAAGACGAUGAUGGUAUGGGUGACGAAAUCACCACUUCGAAAACACCGCCUUCAUGGCAAUCUUGUGUUCAUUGUCCAAGUUUACUUUUCGCAUCUGCUACGGAAUUUGAAAGACAUAUUCAAGAUAAGCACAGUAUUAAAGAGGGAUCUAUUAUUCUGUGUCAAUAUGGAAAGAAUGGUAUUUGCUCUGCACUACAAUUUGGCGAUUUACGUAAAGCAGGAUUUAAAUAUCACGUAAGAGAAUAUCACUUGUAUUCCAAAGAUGAAAAUGAAGAUUGGACUUUUUAUUCAUCAUCACAAAAUCUUCCAGCAGUAUUAAAUGAUCCGAAUAGAGGAAAACAAAGUAAUUUUUUUACUAAAACAUGGGGUGAUAGUUUUAUAGAUAAAAUAGAUAUUCACCCUAGUCCUUAUUUACCUGAAAUUCAUUUAGCACAUUUCGAAUCAUAUUGUAAAAAAAUAGCAAAACGAUAUCGCAGACACAGUAAGUUAAAAGAAAAUAUUCCCUCUAAAAAUAAGUCUCCAGUGGUAGAAAAAGUAUGUGACAUACCAGGUGUAUUUUACGAACCAUCAUUGCCCUUAAAUGAUCCAAAUAUUUUUUACAAAGUAUUUCCUAGUUUAUGCAAAUCUGAUGAUACUAGUGUGGCUAUCAGAUCCCUUAACAAGACCUUGAGUACAUACCUUGAUGUAAUUGAAAUGAAAAUUUCUAAACAAGUAGCACUGAAAUCAGAUGCAUUUUUCCAUGCUAUGCUUUCACAUGAUACAAUAAUGGAGCAAAUGGAAAGAGCAGCUAAAACAGUUCAUAAAACUCGACAAAAUAUAAAAAAUGUAAAAGAAAACUUAACAGAAAGUCCUAUGACAUUAAUUAGCUUGACAAGAAUCAAUCAUAAUCUUAGUAACAUACAUGAGCUAUUUAAGUUAAUGGGAACAGUACAACAAACACAACCUAUGAUUCAACUACUUCUAAGCACUUCAGAUUAUGUAGCUGCUUUGGAUUUGAUCAGUUCAACUCAAAAAGUAUUGUCUACGAAACUAGUCGGCAUCCAAGCAUUUCGACAUUUAUCUCCCCAAUUGACUGAAAUGAAAAGACUAAUCUAUAAAAUGCUUAGUAAUGAAUUUCAAAGGUUUAUUACUGCAGACUUAAAUAGACCCCCUAAAGAUGAUAGUGAAAUUCCAGAGAGAGACAAAAUAGUGUCUAUUGUAUCAGGAAUCCUACGCUUGAAAGAAUUUGAUUUUAUAGAUACUUUUAAAACAGAAGCAAUCACAUCUAUACAGGCUACUAUAAAGCAAUGUGUAAUAGAAAUUAUUUCUAAAAGAGAUGGCAAUACAGAAAUCGUAUUAAGGGGAUCCCACGCAGACAACAUGCAUUUAAUGUGCAAUGAAGGUAUUAUAUUUCUUGAAAAAGUAAGUCCAAACUUAAUGAAUUUAUUCAAGAGAAUUUUAACUAUUACCAACUUGAUAUUAGAAAUCAGCCAAAUGGAUGAUGUAACUGGUACUGAAAAUGAAGAAUAUUGGACCCAGGAGGAAUUAGUCUCUAUUGAAGAAACUUUAAGGAAACUCAUUGUGUCUUUAUCUGAUUACUGUAAUGAACGCUGUGCCAAUCUUAUUGUUACAAAAAGUGAAAAGGACAAUGCGUUAACAGAUUUAUCACAGCUUGCAAAGUUAUCAGAAUUGAUAGAGCAUUUUACUAAUGAAUGUGAAAAGAUAACAGGUCAUUGUAGUAAUGCUAUGAAAUUAGCUUUAAGAAGUUUUGCAAUGAAAUAUAUACAGAUUUUACACACUGAAAGAAGAUCUCAACUCAUAUCAAGUCUUAAUACUGAGAGAUGGAAAACAGCAAAUGUUCCAUCAGAACUACAAAGUGUUAUAAAUUUGAUUUGUGAAAAUGGCGAAAUACCUCCUGUAGUUUAUUAUGAUUCUGGAAAAUCUGAUGGCACAUACUUGAUCAUCAAUAAUGAAAACUUUGCUCUUGUUGGAACUGUGCAACUUUUGAUUAAAAUUCUACUUGAAUAUUGUGAUGCCACAAAGCAAUCUCCUGUUAUAGUACAAUAUUUAAUACAUUGCAUGUUGGAAUUAAUAAGAUUGUUCAAUUCCCGUUGUUGCCAAUUAGUACUUGGUGCAGGAGCCAUUCAAAGUGCAGGGUUAAAAACAAUAUCUACAUCAAAUCUGGCAUUAGUUUCUAGAUCUCUACAAGUAAUAUUAUGGAUUUUGCCACUGAUAAAAGGUUUACUUGAAAAAUUGCAUUCUAAAGAACUGUCUCUAGUUGGUUUUAGUAAUAUGGAAAAUGACAUAAUUAGUCAUAAAAAUGAAAUAGAAAAUAAGAUUUGUCUAAUAGUCACUAAUAUGUUGUGUUCUCAGUUGUCUGGUUGGGAUGCAAAGCCCCCUGUACCAUCACAAACAUUCCGAAAUAUUUCUAAACAUCUUGUUAAAUUACAUGAAGCACUUAUUGAUAUUCUUCCCAUAGAACAAAUAAGGACAAUUUAUAAAAGAGUGCAUGAUAAUUUUAAAGACAAAUUGAGAGAACAAUUAACCAAAAUGAAUAUUGUUGCAAAUGGUAGUCCCCAACAUGGAGUAGUUACUUCAGAGCUUACUUUUUACUUGCAGACACUCAAAACUCUAAGAGUUAUAAGUGAAAAUGAUGUUGAAGAUAAUAUAUUGUAUGAUAUUUGGUUAAAUUAGCAAUUAAUAUAAGUAUUCAUGUAUACAUAAUGCUGAUUUUUAUUGGUUGCAAUGCCAAAAGUAUCAUUAAGAUUACAGUUAGUACUUUCACUGUCCAUAUAUUUAAGAUUACAUGAGAUAGAAGUCUACUUAAAUGCAAUGUGAUUUUUUUGACCACGCUUAUCCUUUAAUUCCUAUUUAGACUUCAAUCAUGCUUGCGGGAUAGAGUGGUCUAAUUUUCUGUGCAAUAGCUUGCUGUAUUUUCACACAAUGAGGUAUGUUAGGCGAAGAAACGUCGUCGGGCAUACUCAGCUACUUUCGGGACGUUAGGUCCUAUUAUCGGAAUGUCCAGUCGGUUCAUUAGGUCCAUUUCCCUAAACAUCCACUUUCCUGAAGGUCCAAACCUAGUGUUCUAGGGUCGAUAAUGUCCGAGUUAUACAGGUGGAGGCGCCGAAACGCCCUUAUAAGUGCUUAGCCUUAAUCAGAAGUGGCUAUCUCUAGGCGUAGGUUUUUAAUUGACUAGGUAUCUUGCUGGCGGUAAUACGCAAUCAAAUAUAGAAAUAACACAAAAUAACUGCGCCUUGCAAGAGAAUCCAGUUUAACAAAAAUAGAAUGAACUAUCAAGAAAAAUAAAAAGCGGCCAAGUGCGAGUCGGACUCGCCCAUGAAGGGUUCCGUAGCAGCAAGUAACAUAAUAUAAAACCUGCCCCCCGCGCGCUCUGCACCCGCUACCGAUCAAGCCACGCCCUAACAAUUAUAAUUGUUAAGCAAAUAUAACUAGAAAAAAUUCAACGCGGACCAAGCAGCAGCACCCUUCGCAAUCCGGGCGAAAUGCACUGACCAAUUAUGGACCGCGUCGAAAUUCCUCUAGCCAUUCUUAAGCUACAAGGCAGCCCAUCGCUUCGCAUUAUAGGUAACCUACAAUGUCAAAUGAAUACUUUUACAAGUAUUUUAGAUUUAAACAUCACGCAGUUACAUGCUUUAAAAAAUAAAAAUUAUAAUUGUUUUAUCAUUCUCUUACUGCAGAAGUCACAGGGGAGGGGACACGCAUUUUACCACUUUGGAAGUCUCUCGCGUAAACUAUUCAGUUUAGAAAAAAGAAAUAUUAGAAUCUUCAAUACCAUUUUUAGAGGGGUGGGCGAUUUUAGAAUAACGAUGCCAGGUUUGGAUGCGCGCAUCCGAUGCGACUGCGACUGGAUGCCGAUGCUAUCUAGUUUUUGUCAACGUUACUAUAGCAACAGUGCCACAAACUUAUCUGUGCCGGUGAAGAUGUCGCGGUGAACAAAUAUGUCAUGAAAAUGUCACAAUUCUCUGGAUAAAUUGUAGUUUCACAUUUUCGCAACGGGCACUGAAAAGUUUGUGAUACUACGAUACUGACAUUCACUUGGCAUCGAUGCCAUGCCGGCAUCGGUGCGCGGAUCGGAUGCGAUUUAUCUGAUACCGAUGCGCAUCGAUUUCAUAAAUAUCUAAAAACGCCCAUCUCUAAUCAUUUAAAGACCUAUCCAUAGAUACCCCACACAUAUGGGUUUGAUGAAAAAAAUCUUUGAGUUUCAGUUCUAAGUAUGGUGAACCCCAAAAAUUUAUUGGUUUUUUUUCUAUUUUUGUGUGAAAAUGUUCAUGCGAUUCACAGAAUACAUCUACUUACUUACUAAGUUUCAACAGUAUAGUUCUUAUAGUUUUGGAAAAAAAUGGCUGUGACAUACGGACGGACAUGCAUAAUCUAUAAGGGUUCCGUUUUUUUGCCAUUUGGCUACGGAACCCUAAGAAAUGGGGAUAUAGACACAACGAUAUUAAAUACCC